AUGGAUCUUUUAGAAAUUCAAGAAGAAAUAAAGUCUCAAAUUGACAAACUAAGAAUAAAUUUCAAAAAAUGUGCAAAGGAUAGAUUAACUCGUCAAUACAUUGAGACAAGAUUACAAGCAUUAGAAACAAAAUAUAAAGAAUUCACCAAAAAUCUUGUGGAAUUGAUUAAGAAAAGAAGCUCUUUGAGUACCGACUACUUUAGCGAAGACGUUUUUGGGUCUGUUGAGGAGUUUUAUUUAGAAUUCAAGACUGAGUUGAAAGAAAGGUUGGAUAGUUCUGUAAUGAAACAACAAAGAGAUACAUCUUUAAACGUCACUGGAAAUUUCAAUAGUGCAGUCAAAUUGCCCAAAAUAACGAUACCAGCAUUCUCCGGAUUGUACACUGAGUGGUUGAGUUUUCGCGAUCUCUUCAAGUCACUUAUACAUGGCAAUGAGGCACUUGAUAAUGUCCAAAAGCUUCACUAUUUAAAGGGACACCUAACUGGCGAAGCGGAACAACUCGUACGUCACAUACCCAUCACAAACGACACGUACAUUCAAUGUUGGACUCUUUUGGAAAGCCGAUACAACAACAAACAAUAUUUAGCUAAUUCCAUACUCAAGCGAUUCUUUUCGCAUAAAAAUGUUACGUCUGAAUCCAGUACUUCGAUUAAACUGUUAUUAGAUGGUACUAAUGAUAUGUUAAAUGGUUUGUCAAAUUUAGAGAUUGAUACUAGUUCAUGGGACAUUAUUGUGAUUUACAUCGUUAGUCAAAAACUGGAUUCAGAAAGUCGCAAGCUAUGGGAAAUUAGAGUUAGCGAGUGUUCCAAUAAGCUGCCUACGAUUAAUAAUUUUACGGAAUUUUUGGAACAUCGGUUCCGCUCACUUGAAUUUUUGGAUACUAAAGCGACUAAGCAAACUAUUGCACGCAGUUAUGUUUGUCAAGAUUCUGUUAAAGUCACUGAAUCUUGUAAAUAUUGUGAUGAAUGUCACAAGAUUUACAAUUGCAAGAAGUUUAGUCAACUAAGUGUUGACGCGCGUCGUGAGUUUGUCCGGUCCAACUCAUUGUGCUUCAACUGUUUGUCUAAUUUCCAUUCCGCUUUUUCUUGUCGACUGUCCGCUAGGUGCCGCCUGUGUCACAAAAAACACCACUCUCUACUGCACCCACUAAACCCCAAUCCACAAUCAUCUGAUCAAGGAACUCAAUCCGAUGAUCAAGUGGUGGAUAGUAUGGCUGCUACACUAAGCACAUCUCCACAGAGUGAGGCGACUAACGUAGUCUCAUGUUUUUCAAACAUUCGAGGUCAAGCUUUGUUGGCCACAGCUAUGAUAAAGGCUGAGUCUAAGGCUGGUUCUACUCUAGUUUUAAGAGCCUUGUUGGAUCAAGGCUCUCAGGCUUCAUUUAUCACGGAGUCUGCUGUCCAGUUAUUAGGCCUUAAGAAAAUGCCAAUCAAAGUAGACAUAUCCAGGCUAGGUGAUGAGGGCAGUAUGCCCUGUAAGUCAAUGGUAUCGAUAAAGAUUCAAUCACGCCUAGAUUCCUCGUUUGUCAUCGAAAUCCAAGCGUAUGUAUUAAAGAAACUUACAUCAUUUUUACCUGAGAAAAACAUUGUCAAAUUAAUUUCAACACUUCCUGCGCUUGAGUUGGCUGAUCCAUUUUUUGGUACACCCAAUAAAAUUGAUAUGGUAUUAAGUGUAGGAGUAUACUCCAAGAUACUAUUAGAAGGUUUAAUCAAAGGUCCGCCCGGGACUCCUAUUGCUCAAAAGACGCGGCUAGGCUGGAUUUUAUCAGGUGACAUUUACGACCCAAAUAGUCGUAAUUCUGAAUUGUAUAACAAUGUUAUUGUUAGUAUGCAUGUUCAAUCAUGUGAGAACGAUAUUCUGAAAAAAAUUUGGGAAAUAGAAGAGUGUAAAUCAGUUAGCAAAAAAUUGCUUACAGAAGAAGAAGAAAAAUGCGAAAAGUUGUUUUCUGAAACCAAGAAAAGAGACAACUCCGGACGAUAUAUCAUCAAAUUACCUUUUCGACAGAAUGAUCCACCCUGCAAAUACGGUGAUUCCAGGCAUAUCGCACGUAAAAGAUAUUUUUUGUUAGAAAAAAAACUGUUAAGAAACCCAGAUCUUAAAGUACAAUAUGCUGCCGUAAUAAAGGAAUACUUCGAUUUAAAUCAUAUGGAGGUAGUUCCACGUGCAGAAAGAGAUAAACCAAAUGUCGUGUAUUUGCCUCACCAUGCAGUCAUACGAAAUGACAAAAGCACGACAAAGGUACGUCCAGUUUUCGACGCUUCUUGUCAAGGGAUUAAUGGCGUGUCGCUUAACAAUGAUUUAAUGAUUGGACCCACGCUACAACCAGAGUUACGACAAAUCAUUAUGCGUUGGCGUUGCCAUCCGAUAUGUUUGAUCGCCGAUAUCAUUAAAAUGUACAGACAGGUCAAAGUUUUUGAAGAACAUGUUGAUUUUCAGCGUCUUUACUGGCGUGACAGCCCAGACUCUGAUCUACAACAUUUCAGGUUAUUGCGUGUUACUUUUGGCACAUCAGCAGCACCUUACCUUGCUGUAAGAUGCCUACAGCAACUUGCAUAUGAUGAAGGAAAUGAUUUUCCAUAUGCUUCAAACCGCGUCCUUUCUGAUUUUUACGUUGAUGAUCUUAUCACCGGUUGUGAAACAGAGGAGGAAGGACGGCAAAUUUAUAAGGAAAUGAAUGAAUUGCUCAGUCGGGGUGGGUUUCAACUUCAAAAAUGGUCUACUAAUAGCACAGACUUGAUGAAAGAAAUAGAAACUGACAAUGAAGGCAAAGAUAAGUUAGAGAUAAAAGUAGACACAGUCGUGAAAAUUUUAGGAAUAACCUGGAAUAGAGAAAGGGAUGAAUUCCAAUAUACAGUCCAACUGCCUCCAUUGACAACACCUGUCACAAAGCGAAGAGAAUGGAUCGAAUAUCGUGCAAAUCUCAAAAAUCUCAUAGAGUUUAGAAUUCCCAGAUGGAUCCAAACGGACAGUAAAGCCAUCCUUCGUGAGCUUCAAGGAUUUUGUGAUGCGUCUAAUGCUGCAUAUGCAGCUGUCAUUUAUUUAAGAGUCAUUGAUAGCCAAAUGAAUGUGCACGUUCACCUCAUCACUUCCAAGACUAAGGUAUCUCCAAUAAAACAGGUUUCAAUACCUCGUUUAGAACUUUGUGGCGCGGUUCUUUUAGCGAAACUUCUUAAUGAAGUUUCGAAUUCAAUGGAAAUAUCAAAGGAAAAUGUCCAUGCUUGGACAGAUUCUUCAGUUGUCUUGGCAUGGUUGAGAAGUCAUCCCAGUAAAUGGAAGACAUUUGUCGGUAAUCGUGUUUCGGAAAUACUUACCAUUAUGGAAAGCAACCAGUGGUCUCACGUGGUCUCGAAAGAUAAUCCUGCAGACUGUGCUUCCAGGGGCAUAAGUGCCGAAGACUGCUGCAAAAGUAAACUGUGGAAAUAUGGACCAAAGUGGUUAGAAAAUAAGACCAUAAAUUACAGCAAAGGAACAAUGGAACAAACAAAUUUAGAAGAGAAAACAAAAACCGUUAUUUGUAAUGUGACUGCAGAAAAUAGAGACGAGACUAUAAUUUCUAGAUUCUCAUCUUUGAGAAAACUAGUAAGAGUAAUAUCAUAUUGUAGAAGAUUCAUACUCUAUAAAAAAUCAAAUAAUAAAGAAAAAUGGCUUACCUUUACUGAAAUCAACAACGCUCUGCAUACCUGUAUAAAGAUGUGUCAACAUGAACAUUUUAAUAAUGAAAUAGAAAGUUUAAAGGAAGAGGGCAGGGUUAAAAGAAAAAGUAUUCUACUUUGCUUGAAUCCUUACUUAGAUGCUGGUGAAGUCCUGCGAGUUGGUGGUCGGUUGCAAAUGGCUAGAAUCCACGAUAAGAUGAAGCAUCCUGUAAUAAUACCACAUAAGUCUCAUUUUACUGACCUGUUGGUGGCUGAUGCACACGAACGCACACUACACGGUGGACCACAAUCAAUGCUCAAUUAUUUAGGAACUAAAUAUUGGGUUAUUAAUGCUAGAGGACUUGUUAGACAGCAUUUCCGAAAGUGUGUGACUUGCGUUCGCUAUUCUGCUCAAGCAAAUCAACAACUGAUGGGUCAAUUACCAACGGCCAGGGUUACGGCAAGUCGCCCCUUUUGUCAAAGUGGGGUUGACUAUGCCGGGCCAAUCGCAGUCAGGCCCCAUAAGGGUCGAGGGUAUCAUGCCACAAAGGGCUAUAUUUGUUUAUUCAUAUGUAUGGCUACUCGAGCUGUACAUUUGGAAAUGGUCAGUGAUAUGACAUCGCAGGCCUUCAUAGCUGCUUUCAAGCGCUUCACCGGAAGGAGAGGUCAUUGUCUUGAUUUGUGGAGCGAUAAUGGUACUACAUUCGUCGGGGCCAAUAAAGAGUUAAAAUCCUUAUUUGCUAAAGGGAGGGCAGGAUUUCCUGCUGACAUUAUGGACUGGUUAGCUACUAAUGGCACUAACUGGCACUUUAUUCCGCCACAUUCUCCGAACUUUGGAGGGUUGUGGGAGGCAGGAAUAAAGUCUACCAAGACACAUCUGAAUCGAGUAAUAGGCAAUCACACACUUACGUUUGAAGAAAUGGUUACAGUUCUUACUCAAAUUGAGGCCUGUCUGAACUCUCGGCCCAUUGGUCACGUUAGCAGUAAUUCGGAGGAUCCUUACCCAUUAACUCCCGGUCAUUUUUUGAUUGGGGAACCAGUUAUUUUAGUGCCAGAAAAUAAUUAUGAAGGUUCCAAUAUAACAACUUUACAAAGAUGGCAUCUCGCGCAGAAAUUGGUUCAAGACUUUUGGCGAAGAUGGUCAGCCGAAUAUUUGACAAAAUUUUAUCAUAGACACAAGUGGUCAUAUCAAACAGCGGAACCAAGGGUAGGCGACGUGGUGUUGGUGAAAGAGGAUAAUCUUCCACCAGCGCGAUGGCUAUACGGCAUCAUCACCCAAAAGCACACUGGUCCGGACGGUCUCACUAGAGUUGUUUCACUAAAAUGUAAGAAAACCAUUAUAAAACGAUCAACAUCGAAACUAAUUAUUUUACCUGUUAGGACCUUCUGA